AUGGCCUCUGAAUCGAACCAGUCCGUUUACCGGGCCACCACCACUGCCCCUGUCAACAUUGCCGUCAUCAAGUACUGGGGCAAGCGUGAUACUACUUUGAAUUUGCCUACCAAUUCGUCCCUUUCGGUCACCCUCUCCCAGAAAUCUCUCCGCACUUUGACCACCGCCUCCUGCUCCGCCAACUACCCCACUGAGGAUACCCUCAACCUGAACGGCAAGCCUCAGGAGAUCCAGUCCUCCAAGCGCACUCUUGCCUGCCUCUCCAACCUCCGUGCUCUGCGCAAGGCUCUUGAAGAUGCCAACCCCUCGCUGCCCAAGCUCUCCACCCACCCUCUCCGCAUCGUAUCCGAGAACAACUUCCCCACUGCCGCUGGUCUUGCCAGUUCCGCCGCUGGCUUCGCUGCCCUCGUCCGGGCUGUCGCCAACCUCUAUGAGCUGCCUCAGUCUCCCCGCGAGCUGAGCCGCAUCGCACGUCAAGGGUCUGGCUCCGCCUGUCGGUCCCUGAUGGGCGGCUAUGUCGCAUGGCGCACUGGCGAGCUUGCGGACGGUAGCGACAGUCUCGCAGAGGAGGUUGCCCCUGCGUCUCACUGGCCUGAGAUGCGGGCCCUGGUUCUGGUCGUCAGCGCGGAGAAGAAGGACGUGCCUAGCACCGAGGGCAUGCAGACCACCGUGAACACCUCGGAGCUCUUUGCUACGCGAGCUGAAUCCAUUGUUCCCCAGCGCAUGGAUGCUAUUGAGGCUGCUAUCCGAGACCGGGACUUCCCCAAGUUCGCUGAGAUCACCAUGCGUGACUCCAACACCUUCCAUGCCACCUGCCUGGACUCGUGGCCGCCAAUUUUCUACAUGAACGACGUCUCCCGCGCCGCCGUGCGCCUGGUACACGACAUUAACCGCGCUGUCGGCCGGACCGUUGCUGCCUACACCUUUGACGCCGGCCCCAACGCCGUUAUUUAUUACGAGGAGAAGGACUCCGAGCUGGUUGCUGGCACUGUCAAGGCCAUUCUGGGUGCUAACACCACUGGCUGGGAAGGUGCUUUCUACGAGAAGUUGACCAGUGUCACUGCUCCUGGCGUUGCUCUGGAGAACAUUGACUCUCGUGUUCUAGAUGUUCUGAAGGAUGGCGUCAGCCGUGUUAUUCUGACCGGUGUUGGCGAGGGCCCCAUCACUGUUGAUGAGCACCUUGUGACUGAGACUGGCGAGAUGGUCUCCCAGUAG